GGAAGAAAGGACAAACUCAAGGAUAAUGUUGUACGUUGUACCCGCCAUCUUUAUUCAUUUAAUCCCCGUCCUCAGUUUGUAAAAAAUGUAGCUCGACUUUCCCUGAUCGAUGGUCACAAUUUAUAAAAUUCCACUGACUAAUAAUAUCUUGAUGGACACAGUUUUUCUAAGUUCUAUUUUAUCAAUUUCGCUUUAAAUCAUCCUUACUUAGGGAUGGAAAUGGCGAUCGGGACUAAUAAUUGUUGAAUGAAGUGAUCACAAAUUUGGUGAAGUGUUAAUUCUGUUGAUGAGACGUAAUGAUGCUACGCAUGCGCAACUGUUUAGAGAAAACGAUGUCAUCCGUCACAAAAUUCAUUCUUGUUUAUUUUUUCUUCAGUUUGCUCGUAACCGUUGUGAUGGGUAUGUGUUGCGUGAAAUAACGAAUGUACGUCCUUUCUGAAAGUAUGCAGUGUUAAAUAAAAAUUUUCGUGUUGUGGGCUAAAACAAGUGAGGAAACCUUCAACAUGGCUAAACGAUUAACAGAAGAGAUGGUCAUCGCAAGGACCAAAAUUUCGGAUCUUUCCAAAAUUAAACGGUUGAAUUGUUGGGGUAGCGAAUUGGUGGAUGUAUCCCUUCUCAUGAAAAUGCCUUCUGUCGAGGUGCUAUCUUUGAGUAUAAACAAGAUCAACAGCUUGGCUGACUUCCAGUUUUGCAAGCGCUUAGAAGAACUAUACAUCCGUCAAAAUGACAUCCGAGAUCUCAACGAAAUCAUGUACCUCCAGGGUCUUACGAACCUCAAGAAUCUUUGGCUUGGAGAAAAUCCAUGUGCAAGCAUCGAAGGGUAUCGGUUAGCAGUGAUAAGAGCCUUGCCCCAGCUACAGAAACUGGACAACGUAGCGAUAACUCAAGAAGAGUUGCGUGAGGCUCAACGACGCGGCAAAAUCUUAACGCAUCCUGUUGAUGAAACCCAAGAAGAAAGCGAGGAAGAGUACCAGACGUCGCCUACACAAACGGCGGUUCAGCCACAGUAUAAUAGAUACCAGGAGUAUUCAGAACAGGAGUAUAGUCCUCCUCAGCGCAGUCCUCAAAGGCAAGAAGUGAUGACGACAGAGUAUGAUUUGGAAGAAAGUGAAGACGUCUAUCCGAAAGAAGACGCCUCAGAAGAUAGCCAAGAAUAUUCUCCACCUAGGCAGGUAACUCCUCCUAGGAGGGUUGAACAAAUACGGAGAAGUUAUAGUCCUGAACCUGAGUAUACAGAGAGGCGGAGGGAUAGCUAUGAAAGGGAAUCACCUCGACAGCAACAGUAUUAUGACAAAUCACCUCCUGUUAACAAUUCAUUUGAAGAAACCACAUCACCUGAAACUACAGCAGUUUGCCAGAAUAAACUCGUUAAUAGUCAGUCAGCCAGUUGCAUCAAGGAGUAUACUAACGGGGAUCGGUACGUGUCGUCAUCACAUGGUGGAAGUGCCGAAAUAACCCAACCACAAGAGAAACGCGACAAAUUCACCUGUGCUGCAGCCACUCACAGGCCGCCUUUCACCAGGAGACCAGUUACUAGGAAUUCCAACAUCCUGUCAGCAGUACUGUGCCUAGUAAAGGAGCUGGAUUAUCCCAGUUUGGAGGUGGUAGAAAUGGCGGUGCGAUGCCGAAUGGAUGAAUUAGACGAAUGACCGGGGCAGCAAAGUGCUGAUAAAGACACGUUUUAAUAUGACACAAUAACAUUUAGCUUUAACAUAUGGGUCUGAGUACUUCUACACAUACACGUGAUUGUUGUUAAGUUUGUAAGUUGGGUAUUUUAGUACCACAUGCAUUUUUAUAUAUUUGUACGAGGUCUAAGAAUCAAUUAUUGUGAGAUCGAAUUUUAAAACGAAUUGAUAUCUAAAUAAUUGGUUAUUCUAGGUCUUCAUAAUGCUCUCCAAUUUUAAAUGAGUAUAUAAAUCAAAAGCACUUAAUUCUCUGAGCUAUUAAAUAAAUGUAUUCUGUUUAAUGAUUUUUUUAAAAUGUUUAUGCAUUACUAUAAACAUCUUUGGGACAUUGAUUCAUCAUCUUCUGAUGUGAUUUUAAUAUGUAAUUUUCUUAUUAUUUGGGUUAUUUCCAACGUUGAUAUAUUUUUGUUUCCGUUUGUACUCAUAGCGGUACGUCAUUCCACUAUAUUUGAUUCCAUUAGAUGGUAGCUAAGGUUUUAUUGACCUUAACUUUGAUGUUUUUGUAAGUCAAAAUGUGGAAUUGGAUAAACGGUAUCAUAUAGUAUAAGCAAGACAGCGUGUUUUAGGAGAAUAUAGCUAUGCAUAAUUGGUGACACAAAUAAUGUUUGUCUUAUUUACUGAAUCCGUAUAUCCACUAUUCCUCACCUCAAUGUUGAAUUAGUUGAUCGUUUGUUUGUACAUAUUAUUAAUAUUAUCUUUUUAUAAAUUUUUAGGUGUCAUAUAGCUUGUCGAUUUUGUUUUUACAAAUCCUAUGAAACUGAUAAGGGGACAGAGUAACUAAAUUGUAUCUGUGCAGGGUGUUUAGCAGAGUGUAGAUAGAUGAGGUCACCUUUUAUCGGUUAUAAUAUUUUAACUUUCAUAAAAUAUUAAAUGGCGUCACGGAUUUACCGUUAACGUCUAACCAAAUGCCUCUCAAGCACUCUGUAAAUAUAUAAAGAUUAUUCAUAUUACUGCUCAUUGAAGACAUAUUAGAAAAAAUUAUAUCUUCCGGGUGAUCGGUAAUGACACACUAAUAUUCAAGAAGGUGAUUUUAGAACCUAUUUUAAGAAAAAAAUCAUAUGAAUGUAUGUCCUAAGUCUCAACCUUUGAGAUACAGAGUGGUACAAUUUUGCGUAAAAAAAUCUGUAUUUUAUUAUAACUGUGAUACUAUUGUAGAUAUCUGUAUGAAAUUUGAUACACAUGUUCUAUGCAUCAAGUUGCAUGAUUUACAGUUUUAUUAUUUCUACCAGUCGCGCCCGUACGGAUUUUGCAUUGGAUAUUGUUGGAGAAAAUGGUACGCCACUGCUUUCUCUUUAAAUAAAAAUUUAAUCUCUUGAUUUUUUUCGACCGACGCACGAGUUAUAAAAUACUUCGGCGUAAAUUCGCUAAAAAUCUGAUGCCGUGAGUGCUGUGCGGAAAACGUGUAUUCUUUUGUUUUUUAAGCUAUUGAGUUCGUUUAGUAUCAAAAAGGGCACAUCCGAUAAGAAAAAUAUUUUGAAGUCUCAUUCAUUUUUUAACAAAUUUGAUCACUCAAUUUUCUUUUAGCUGAUGCGAAAAAAUGAUUUCGACCCGGCAGUGAAAUACACAUUUUUUCUGAAAACUUCACAACCCUGUGUGUCAAAUGCUGCUUAUGAAAUACGUUCAUAUAAAGAAUGGGCCUAAGAGAAUAACUUACUUAAAUGUUUGCAUGUCAUUAUAGACCCUCUGUAAGCGCUUUUCUCAAUUACCCGCUCAUGAUAUAUAACUCAAAAAAAGUGCUUAACUUAUUAUGGUGCUGUUGAAAGUAAACUUAAAGAAGAUAAAUGUAAAAUGGUGCUCCAAGUCGGCUAUAUGACAGUUCUAGAAUUAUUUAUUGACUGCUAAUCUUGUACCUUAUUUUAUAUACUCGAUUUUUUCAUGUAUACUUUUUUUAAUUAAUUAUUAUUUAUUGUAUGUAAUGUUGAUGAUCGUUGAUUCAAGCGAUUCUCAAUUCAAACCAUACUUUGGCAGCUUGUACACGGGAAAGUACUGCCAUUCCUCAAGUGUUCCGAGAACUAAUUUUAUCUUUUAUUUCUUAGAAUAAUGGUUCACAUGCCAAACAGAUAGCAUAACAUAAUUCGAACUGGACGAAAAUAUUUUACAAGAUAAAUCAAACCACAAUUUGAUAUAGUAUCACCAAAAAUCAUAAUGAUAAAAUUGACCAUUCUUAGUACACCUAGUGAUUUUCAAGUCGAUACUGUUCUUUGAUAUGUGCAAUAUGGACUGUAACCAAAUGAAUGACAACAGGUAUAUCAAUAGAUGUGGGUGAAAAUCCAGUUUUAUUUUUGAGAUUGUCAUUCAUAUUGGUCAGUCUUAAAAUGAAUAAUUAUAACUUACACACUAUCUAUCAAUAUCUUAAAUUUAAACUGCAAUGUGCAAUUUUGUUUAUGACUGAUUAGUUGGAUUAUCUUAAUUAUAUUGGCGUGUAAGUUAAAUACAAGUUUGGAACAAUGGUGCAUUUGAUGUUGGCUAUUAUUUGAGAAGACAUAAAUAAUAUUAAUAAUGUGCAAUGGAAAAUAUGUGUAAUCAUUUUUUUAAUCUUGCCAAAAUUAUAUUUGGAGUAUUUAUAAAAGCUGUAUAUCAGGAUGUCAAAAAUUGUACACGAGUCAGUUUGUGAUCAAGAAGAUAAAGCUUUUCAUCACAAAUCUUUAUCCACAUUACUAGAUUUGUUACUGAAAUAAUCUUGAAUUUAUAACGUAUUUAUGAUUUUACCUCCUGGUACAUGUAAUUUCCUCUUUAAAGCUUAUGACUAAAUGUAAACUGUCUGUAAUUUUUAUUAAUCUAGUCUUUUAUCAUUUGUAACUUGAGUUUCAUUUUAUAGGUAUUAUAACGAAG